AUGAUUGACAGAUGCGGUGGCCGUUUGCAGAUCAGUGGGCGUAACCCGGAUGCAGAUGACAGAAGCGUCAUGUACUACGACAUUCCAGACUCAGAACUCACGGUCCGUAUCUGGGACGGCGGCGUGGAUGACCUUGGGCAUUACUGCCUUGACUUCUUUGACCCACGUGGUCAUGGCAAAGCUGUCAACACUCUUAGGGCUUGGAAAAUCACUUACGUCUCAACACCAGGUAAUUUAAUGCCUGGAAGACAGCUGGCUCCUUGGGAGAGGGCCUUCGGUGUCAGUCGUAGGGACACACCUCCGGGAGAAGAGAGGCACAGUGUCCCCGAGGGUUCGCGGCUCGCGCUCCUACGAGACGGACAUCAGCCUCUCUAUUUCCAGAUCCCUACUAGAGCUCAGGGCAAUAUCACCUACCUUCAACCCCGACCUGCUCACCCCUAG